GAUUGCAGUUUGACUAUCAAAUUGAAAGGACGUAAAUUUCGUGGAGUAAUCAAAAUGAGUUUUCUUCCUGAAUCUUUUUUCUUUUUAAUUAGUUUUCUCUUUUUUGUUUCGGUAUCUUCAUCACCUCGUCAGGACAAAUGCGUUGAAGGCUGCAUUGUCGAUGGAGUAUUCUAUGAAAGUGGCUCGGACAUACCAAAGUCCAAUCCUUGUGAUAUUUGCCAAUGUUUCGGAACUGAAGUGUCUUGUGCUGAAAUUGAUUGUCCUUUUUUUAACAAUCAUAAUCCACCUUGUGAACCAAUUUACAGCCCAGACGAAUGUUGCCCAGUUAAUACAUGUGGAUGUGAAGAAGCCGGCAUUUACUAUUUAAGUGGUGAAAAAAUGCCAAGUGAUUACCGAUGUCAAAAUUGUACUUGCAUUGAAACAGAAAAAGUCUGCGUUUUCCUACGUUGCUAGGAACCAUGACUUGUA